CGCGUUUGCUCUAUGCCCAACAGUCGUCUUUAACUAUAAGUACCGAGUUUUAGAUCAUACACAAAGGCAUGAAUUCUGUGACGGCGACAUCCACGUAGCAAACUAGGGAUAGCUCUUACUAGCGGCUCUAGCUGUCGUCUCUGCCACCGUAAGAAGAAUCUCCAGAAGCCACUCAACGUCCAACUACCUACUGAACGCAAUAUCCUUCUUGCAUAAACCAGUUCUUUCCUCCGUUAGAGACAUAUCUCGAUACGAUGGCGCAUCUCUUGAAACACCUCUUCCCAAAUAACGAAUCUUUUAGCUUCGAAGCCCUCCGCGCAGCUGGGUACAGCAACACCAGAGGUGCCGACGUGUCCGAAGUCAUUACUAUCUGCUCGCGAAUCCCCUCCGGCGACGAGGACAAGUGGUUGCACGAAUGGAGGGCUGCUGGGGACCGUGCUGCCACCAACGCACGAACAAGUCUUGCCAAAGGGAACAUGUUCGAUGCGAGAGAUGCUUUUCUCCGUGCCUCUAACUACUACCGUACAGCUGAAUUUUAUCGCCGUGAGGAUCCAUUCAAUGACGAGUUAUCCAAGGCUCUGGAGGAGCUAAGCCGCUCUAUGUUCCAUGAAGCAACAAAUCUUAUGCCGUUUCCUACUAUAAAUGUGGGAAUACCAUACGAAGGUACAAAUUUACCCGGCAUCAUAAUGCGGCCUGAUAAUAGUGAUGAGCCGCGGCCAACUAUUAUUCUUAACGGAGGCUAUGACUCAACGAAAGAGGAAGUUAUCUACUCACUUGGUGCCUCUGCUCUCGAGCGUGGUUUUAAUGUCUUGGCCUUUGAUGGACCGGGACAGGGACAAGCUCUUCGAGACCAACGCCUUUUCUUUAGGCAUGACUGGGAAAACGUUGUCACCCCAGUCGUGGACUACACUAUUUCUCAGCCAUUCGUCGAUAAUAAUAAGCUUAUAAUUAUCGGCAUUAGCAUGGGAGGCUAUCUCGUCGCCCGUGCUUCGGCAUUCGAGCAUCGUGCUGCUGCCAUCGUCCUCAACGACGGUAUUUACGACUUUGGCAGUGCUUUCCGAAACAAAACCCCAGCUCUUGGAAAAUAUCUUAUGAAUAACGGCUGGGACAACAUGAUGAACUGGCUAAUGCACCGAAGGAAGCAAUGGGAUACGGGCUUUAAUUGGGGGGUAUCCAAUGGCAAAUGGGUUUUUGGGUUGACUUCUGAUGUAGAUGUCAUUCGUGAGGUAAACAAGUAUACAUUAGAGGGGAUUGUGGAAAACAUCAAGACACCCACACUUGUAUUAGAUGCCCCGGAUGAUCAUUUUCUACAAGGGCAGCCUAAGGAGCUAUAUGACAGGUUGAAGUGCAAGAAGGACAUUGGGGAAUUCACCAGAGAGGAAGGAGCGAGUGCACAUUGUUCCAUUGGGGCAGGUUCAAGGCUCAACCAGGUAGUUUGGGAUUGGUUGACGGAGUUGCUCUUUUGAAAUAUUGUUAAACAUUCGAUAUUCUUCAUGUUUCCCGACCGGCAUACUCUGUCUGAGGUCCGAAAUGGCCGUCAGUACCUACGAGGAAGGGUCAGAUUUGCGGGACAGAAAAACUGGACUUUAAAGCAGAUGCGUAUUUGUCACAGCCCCGAGUGGAGGAAUUCAGAGUCAGAACGGUGCUUGAUUUAUAGCUAUUAAGUGGGAUUGAAGCAAUACAUUCAUAGGGAUAUUGAUCUAUUCGUUCA